UUCUGAGUCAACCUGUGUGUUGGGAAAAUAAAAUUCUUUUACAAAAAUUACUACAUUUUUAUGACUUUUUCAGUACGUUUUUCUUUAAAUUUUAUAGCUUCAACUGAAGCACUCAGUGUGUAAAAAAAACUGCACAAAUGCCUAAGAAUUAGUAAUUUUUUUGAAAUUUUUUCUGAGGAACAAUGAAAGUUAUUUUAAUGAUUUUCCUUUGCCUGACUUUCCAAACGAAUGCACAAAAGUUUGAAUGUCCCAAAGGUGCAACAACAUCGUCUUACACGGUUUCAGUUGCAAAUCCAGAGAAUUGUUCAACAUAUUAUGAAUGCAAAAAAGGUGAAGCUACAUUGAAAUCUUGUCCAAUCGGUAAGGAGUUCAAUGCGGACAGAAAUAAUUGUGACAUGGCAGAUGAAGCCAAUUGUUGGGAUUCAAUAAAGGAAGCUCGAAAAAAGGAGAAGGAGGAAGAAAAGAAUAAAAAAAAGUCAGACUUGGAGGAAACUGUUGCAAUGAAUAAUGCUACGUCGUCGGAACAAACUAUGUUAAAGGAUGAAGCUACGUCAACGAACGAAACAAUAUCUACGCAGGAUGCUACGUCAACGGAGGAAGCUAAGGCAGCAGAGAAGACUGAUGAAGUAAAGGAUGAAGAAAAGAAGGUCAAGGAUACACUUAAAGAAGAAAACUUAGAGAAUACAACAAGGGCAGCAACAGGAGCAGAGUUAGAUAAAAAUUCCUCAUCAUCAGAAAAUUCUUCAAAAAAAACCUUGCAGGAUACAGAUGGAGUUAAGACAACGAACCCAUCAACUUCUGCGCCUAAGAGUCAAUCUACAGCAGCAGAUUCUUCUUCUACUCUCACCCAAUCUCUAAAGUACAGAGAAAAACACGGGACUAGUAGUUCGUUAUUCGGUCAAUUACUUAAUGGUCUUGGCUCAACCUGGGAUUCAACUACUAAAGCUCUUUUCAAUAUAUUUUCCAUUCUUGGGUAAAAUGGGUAAAAUUAAAAGAAAAAAGAAAAAAAAUGUUGUAUUAUUUUUAGUUGAAAAAGCAGUCAAAUAAUUUUUGUGGCAGUAAAAAUUCUAGAGAGAACGCCAUUUUUUUUUAAACACCAACUGCGGUAAGAUUUGAACCCAUAACGCUAA